UAUUAUAGUAAAUAUACAGUAAUUUAUAGCACAUAUACGGUAUACCUAUUGAUAUUAAGUUUGUGUUCCCAUAACAAGUCAUUACAAUAAUUUGUAAUCAUAUCGACUAUCAAUUUAAAAGUACAUGAUGGAAAUAGAGAUGAAGAGCGAUUCCAAAGAGGAUAGUAAUGGAGUACCUGAUGGCACAUCAUUGUUGGUCAACCAAACUAUAUCUGUAACUCAAAAAAGACAAAAGAAGUCUUCAGCACCCAUUCCUCAACGUAUUCGACCCAUAAGUAAACGCAAAAAAUUUAAGAAGUCAUUGGGUCCCGACUUCUUAGAGACGGCAGAACUUGGAAUGGCUUACCUUCGCGACACAUAUGAACCAAAAUGUGAUAUCUGUUCGCUAACGAUGUUCUCUUCUUCGACUUCUUUUAAUGUAUUAGAAGAACUUCUUCAUUGCAAUAAUUGUGAUGCAAAAGCACAUCCCAGUUGUGUGAAUGUCAACGAAGAAGUGGUGCAUAAGACUCAAUGGCAGUGCCAUAACUGUAAGCUGUGUUCAGUUUGUCACCAAAAUGAUACUAACGAAUAUGUUAUUAUAUGUAUGACUUGUAGUAAAGGUUUUCAUGUGAGAUGUCAUUCAACACAAAUUAUUAAUAAACCAAAAGGCAAUUGGUAUUGUAAUAACUGUUGUAGCAAAGGAUCAGUACAUUUACUCGUAUCAAACGGAGUGUCCGACAAAAAGAGUGUUUGUGAACAAUCAGAUGAAUCCGAUGAAGAAGAAACUGAAAACAUUGUCGAACCAAAAGAAGAGAAAUGCUUUGAUUUUGUUAAUCAAAAUGACGACAAUUAUGUCAAUGAUAAUGAAAAGAUAAGCUCUGAUGACUCUCGCGAUUCUCUUAAAGAACAAAUGAAUAGACAACAGAAUAAUGAAAAUAUUGAUGAAUUAAUAGAAAACAAUAAAUUGAAUGAUAUUAAUGAGGAUAAUGAUAAACAAGACGACAAAGUGAUGGAUACGGAUUCAAUAUCUAAUGCUGAGAGUUCCAGUAAUACAAACCUAAGUCCAAAACCUGCCAUUAGUCCACAGAAGUGGACUGUUGAAGAAGUGGAAACAUUUAUACGCGACUCUGGUUUCCCAUCAGAGUCUUUAAUAUUUAAAGAACAAGAAAUUGAUGGCAGAUCUCUAUUACUAUUAAGAAGAAUGGAUGUAUUAACCGGAUUAUCACUUAAAUUAGGUCCAGCUCUCAAAAUAUACAAUCAUAUAUCACGUCUUCAAGGACUUGAAACGUCACAACAAUUAAAUAAUUGUUAA